AUGUAUGCACAUUAUAUUUGUCAGCCCGACAAUCGAACAGAAAAAAUUAGCGAAGGCCGGUUCCUAAAGUGCGUGAUUUCUCUCGCGUGCGACGGUAUCGAUGCAAUGAAGCCUCGAACCUUGGCACCAAUGCCUCUACUGAAGAGAAGCUUGGCGUGGCUGCUCGCUGAACUUUUUGAUGGGGAACAAAGCCAGGUGGGAGGGAAACAAGAUAUUUAUACUUGGAGGGAUACGGCCGAAAUGUGGGUGAUUUGCGCUGUCAUAACUGCCUUGAAUUUUGAGGAUUCUGUAAUCGAAGCUCUCCUUCAACAAUGCAAGACCGGAGACGUAGCCGAAUUUGAAACUUUCGAGAUAGCGAUUUCACCCUGUUUUACCGCUAUCUUUGCUCGAGAAGUAGGAGCUAUCGUCCUUACAAUUUUAUGCGCUUCAGUCAUUUCUAUAGCGGCAUAUCCAGGUCUUGGGAGGUAUAUGCCCCCAAGUGACCCAGACGACUACCUAGAAAUUGCAAAGUAUGCGACACAGAAGAAACCCCAAGAACCGAUCCCUAAACCACCUUCUUCCAACCGACCUCAAGUCAACACAAACUUUAGAGUGAAGCUUGUCAAUCAUAUUCCUUCAAUGAAGUCUUCAGAGGUCACUCCCGCAAGUGAAAUUAUCAAACCUAGACCUAUGUACAAGUAA